AUGUUUUCACGAAGUGAUCGAGAAGUAGACGACUUAACUAGUAAUAUGGGUCAUUUGGGGUUCCAUGAUCUGAAUAUCCCCAAAACUACUUCUCCUAAAAUGCAAUAUAGACCUGAUAGAAAGAGCGAAAAUUGGAAAAAUUCUUCAGGACUUUCGUCUUCAUAUAAACCGUGCGAUUUUAAUGAUCAAGAUACCUCCAAACCCCACAUUUCUUUGAAUCAUUCACCUAAGAAGUUACCAAAGGAUUUUCACGAACGUGCUUCCCAAAACACGACCCAGAGAGUUGUGAAUGUAUGUCAACUAUAUUUUCUAGAUUAUUACUGUGAUAUGUUUGAUUACGUGAUCAGCAGAAGACAACGUACCAAGCAGGUAUUAAGAUAUCUCGAGCAACAAAGGGGUGUUAAAAAUAUCCCUAAUGCGGUUUUAAAUGAGGAAUGGGCUUUGUAUUUGCUAAAGGAACACGAAGUAUUAAGGAAAAGAAGACUGAAACCUAAGCACAAAGAUUUCCAGAUACUCACACAAGUUGGACAGGGCGGGUAUGGGCAAGUUUAUCUGGCAAAGAAGAAAGACAGUAAUGAAAUCUGUGCUCUGAAAAUAUUGAACAAGAAACUUUUAUUUAAACUAAACGAGACGAAUCAUGUCCUUACUGAAAGAGACAUACUAACCACAACUAGAUCUGACUGGCUUGUGAAAUUACUUUAUGCAUUUCAGGAUUCAGAGAGUCUAUAUUUGGCAAUGGAAUUUGUACCUGGCGGUGAUUUCCGCACUUUGUUAAUCAAUACAAGAAUCUUGAAGAGCGGUCACGCAAGGUUUUACAUCAGCGAAAUGUUUUGUGCUGUGAACGCAUUGCAUGAACUUGGUUAUACUCACCGAGAUUUGAAGCCAGAAAAUUUCUUAAUUGAUGCCACAGGACAUGUUAAACUGACGGAUUUUGGACUAGCAGCUGGAACUGUAUCAAAUGAAAGAAUUGAAAGUAUGAAGAUACGCCUAGAAGAAGUAAAAAAUUUGGAAUUUCCUGCCUUUACAGAAAGAUCUAUUGAGGAUAGAAGGAAAAUAUAUCACAAAAUGAGGAAGACAGAAAUAAAUUAUGCUAAUUCUAUGGUCGGUUCACCUGAUUACAUGGCCCUGGAAGUUCUUGAAGGCAAAAAGUACGACUUCACAGUGGAUUAUUGGUCAUUAGGCUGUAUGCUCUUUGAAAGUUUGGUUGGAUAUACCCCUUUCAGUGGUUCUUCUACUAAUGAAACCUACGAAAAUUUGAGGUACUGGAAAAAAACUCUAAGGAGACCCCGAACUGAGGAUGGGAGGGCAGCAUUCUCAGACAGAACUUGGGAUUUAAUAAUCAGAUUGAUAGCUGACCCUAUCAACAGAGUACGAUCUUUUGAACAGGUUCGCAAAAUGCCUUACUUUGUGGAAAUCAAUUUCGGAACCUUGAGAAGAAGUUCGCCGCCGUUUGUUCCUCAAUUAGAUGAUGAAACAGAUGCCGGCUAUUUUGAUGAUUUUACGAAUGAAGAAGAUAUGGCGAAAUAUGCAGACGUCUUUAAAAGACAGAGUAAAUUGAGUGCAAUGGUUGAUGAUUCUGCUGUAGAUUCUAAAUUAGUCGGUUUUACCUUUAGACAUAAAGAUGGUAAACAAGGCUCCAGUGGAAUACUUUACAAUGGUUCAGAACAUUCUGACCCCUUCUCAACUUUUUAUUAA